AUGCGAGUGUGCAUACCAGAUGGGGUUCUUGAUUGGGAACAGGUUCUCUGAUACCAUAAGGAGAAGGUUGGAGCAAGACAUGGUUCUUCGUCACCACCUCCUUCCCUUUGCUCAAGCUCCACAGACGAAGCCUCUUAUAGAAGCCAUCUGCAACAAUAACAAGGCCAAGUACCCAUCACAUUGGGAUGAACUCAUGGGCAUUGUAGAUGGAAGUCAAGCGCCUCUCCUUGAGAUUAUUGUACUCAACUUCAGGAGGGAGAUUCUGUCAUGUAUUCAGGAUGAAGCUUCCAUUGUUGAUUGUACAGAUGAGUGUUCUGAUGUUCUUGUUGUUAGUGAUUCCUUGGCCCUUGCAGCUCAUAAUGAAGAUGCCCUCUUUGGUCUCUCUGGCUACACCUAUUUGAUCAAAGCAAAACUGCAAAAUGGGAUACGUUUCAUUGCUUAUUCACACGCAGGAGAGCUUCCAAGCCGUGCUUUCAGCUUUAAUAGCAAUGGCCUGGCAUUUACCAUGAACGCAGUACGUCCAGUGAACGACGAGAUUGAUCCUAGGGCAAUCGGACGAAACUUUCUCUCUCGGGACCUCCUUGAAUCUACCAGCUUUGAAGAUGCAAUAGCUAGAAUUCGGUCAGCAGAAAUAUCCCUGGGCCACAAUUAUAAUGUGAUUGAUGUUCAGACAAGAAGAAUAGCAAGUGUAGAAAUAGCAUCAAAGUUCAGAGUUUCAGUCCAUGAGGUUGGAGCUACACCAUUUUUCCAUGCAAAUAUGUAUUCCCAUCUUCAGAAUAUCAAGCAGAUAAUAGACGAAAACUCGACAAGCAGGAAAAGACGAGCCGAUGUCAUGCCGAAAGAAUCAAAAGACGAUUUUCUGUGUGUUCUUGGAGAUGCAGAGAACAAGAGUUUUCCUAUCUAUAUGAAGGGUCCUAAGCUUUACACAAUGUGUAGCGUUCUAAUCGACCUGGACGAGCAAACUCUAUCAAUUUUUCGAGGAAAUCCGAAGAACAAAGAGAUAACCCAUGUCUUCUCAUUGCAAGAGUUGAAGGAACAAAGUCAAGUCUGAGCUGCCCCCCAACAUAUUGAUAUCAACUACUAAUCCACAAUCCACAUUUUGAUAUCACUUUUCUACUUUUAGGUUUAUAAGCAUGUCUAACUAAGAGUAUCUUAGUCUUAAAGCCAUAACUUGGCAUCACCACUACAAGGGUCAUUACUUAUUAGUUGAGGCAUAAGAUUGACUAUCUAAUGCCUAAGUUACCUUCAUAAAGGGCAUGUUAAAUUUGAAUAAAAUUGGAGUGUUUUCUACUCUUAAAAA